AUGAUGGGGAAACUCCCCUUGGGGGUUGUGUCCCCUUACGUAAAGAUGAGUUCAGGAGGCUGCACGGAUCCCCAGAAAUUUUACGCCACCACUUACUGCACAGCCUAUGGUCAGGAGGAGUUCAGGCCCCGCAUGGGCAGUCACGAAGGCACAGGCUACAAAUCAAAUUACCGUCCUGUGGUCUCAUACCAGGCCAAUCUCGAUGCCCUGGACAACCCGGCCAUGGGGCACGGUCCGUACAAUCCCUUCUCACCCCCUGCUCCGCUGAGCCUUAGCUCUCAGGGCCAUCGAAGCUCAUCAGACCCACUGGAACAAGUCCGCCCCAAUUUCCAGUCAGUGACCAGUCAGAGUUACCGCCCCCUGGAGGUGCCUGAUGGCACAUACCCGCUGCCCUGGAACAUGCACCAGACCAGCUCUGGCUAUUCUCGGGAGAAGCCCAGCGCGGCGACCCCUACUAAAGAGGUCAGGAAGGUCCAUUUCGACACCCAGGACUACGGGCCGCAGGCCAUCAUAGGGCUGGAACCCAGGGACAUGCCCCUGCUCCACCAGCAGCAGGGCAAGGGCUCGCUGGAGUGGGAGAACUCCCGGCAUGGCCCGCGCUUCCUGACUUCUGAGUACAAUUCCAAGUAUCUCAAGGAGACUUCAAACCAGCCAGAUCUCUUGCAGAAGAUAUCAAUUGGCUCCAAGGAGGAGACUGGCUUCACCGAAGAGUCUACCAAGAACCCCACCGGCUUCCAGCCACCCUCCCAGACCGUCCCUGGGGACCCGGUCCUCCACCCUGGCCGGAGUGUCACCAGGUCCGACUUCCUCCCCAUGACCCACAUUCGUGUGCCCCCACCCAGCCCACGGCCUAUCAGCGUGAGCCACGGGCAAUUCCAGCCCCCCCAGCGGGUGCAACAGACCAACGUUGCCCUGCUUGGCAGGGAGACUGUGGGAAACAAGGAGCCCACAGGGUUCAGCCUUAACAACCCCAGCUACAUCCGGAGCCCCUAUGACCCAGACAUGGAUAAUCAGUACCUGACCACCUACAACCAAGGGUACUUUGAGAACAUCCCUAAGGGUCUGGACCGAGAAGGCUGGACCCGAGGUGGCACCCAGCCCCAGAAGCCUGGAGGCUACGCCCUCAACCAGCCGGUCACCUGCAUGGAGGCCACCCCCACCCCCAUGGAGAGCCUAAGGCGCCUGCACCCUCACGUGGGAAGGUAG